AUGACUGAAGUAUUACCAAAGAACGUUGAAUAUUGUGGAGUAUGUACGUUCCCUCCAGAGUAUUGCGAAUUUGGUCUUUCAUUUAAAAGAUGUAAAGAAUGGUUACAAGAAAACCAACCAGAAUUAUUUGAAAAAUUAUACAGUGCAGAUGCAUUGGCAAAUGCUACUUCAACAUUAUCGUUAGAAAAAGAACAGAAAAUAUCGCAGGAAUUGGAGAAGAAACAAGCUAAAGAGGAAGCUAAAUUGGAAAGAGAAUUGCAGAAGAAGUUGUCAUCGAAAGUCACGAUUAAGAGAAUUGAAAGAAAUAAGAGAAAGCAUGUUAUUUCCAUUUCGGGAUUAGAAGUCUUCAAUAUUGAUAUGAAGAAGUUAGCCAAGACCUUUGCAUCUAAAUUUGCUACUGGUGCAUCUGUCACUAAAAAUGCAGAAAAGAAGGACGAGAUUAUUGUUCAAGGUGAUGUUAGUGAUGAAGCUAAGGAUUAUAUCGAGAAAUUAUUACAAGAGAAGGCAUUAGAUGAAGUUAAAGUUGAACAAAUCGACGAAAAGAAAAAGAAAAAGCCACCAGCACCUUAA